UUCUCUGCCUCUGUCUCCCUGACUGCCAAUUUAUUUUUUUGGCUUCUUGGCCCUUGUCGGGUCGACUGGAUCCAAGGAACAAUUUCGCAUUUUUUUCAUGGGUUUUUGAGAAUUCUGAUUCGCUGCGCCUACAACUUGAACUAUGUUCUGCUGUGGAGGUGCAGAGGAGGAAACCCUCGGUCCACCAGCUAAUCAAUAUACUGCACCCCCUAGAGGAGGAAACACAUAUGGUGGCGGUGGCGGGAGAGGAGAGCCAAGGGGUUCCAACGUGGUCAAAAGUGGAGCUCCACAGAAAGUAUUACCCAUUGAAAUACCGGCUCUAUCAUUGGAUGAAUUAAAUAGGAUGACUGCUAACUUUGGCACAAAGGCUUUGAUUGGGGAAGGCUCUUACGGCCGUGUGUUUUAUGCAAAACUAAGUAAUGGUAUGGCUGCAGCAAUAAAGAAACUAGAUGCCAAUUCAUCACAAGAGCCUGACACUGAUUUUGCAGCUCAGUUAUCAAUUGUUUCAAGACUUAAGCACGAGCAUUUUGCUGAGUUGCUCGGGUAUUGUUUGGAAGCAAAUAACCGGAUCUUGGUAUAUCAGUUUGCGGUAAAGGGUUCUUUACACGAUAUAUUGCAUGGGAGGAAAGGUGUGCAAGGAGCUGAGCCUGGUCCAGCUCUGAGCUGGAACCAGAGAGUUAGGAUUGCCUAUGGGGCAGCAAAAGGGCUUGAGUUUUUGCAUGAAAAGGUUCAGCCUCCUAUAGUUCAUCGUGAUAUCAGAUCCAGCAAUGUCCUACUCUUUGAUGACUUUCUAGCAAAAAUUGCUGAUUUUAACUUGUCAAAUCAGUCUUCUGAUACCGCAGCUCGGCUGCAUUCAACUAGAGUCUUGGGAACAUUUGGCUACCAUGCUCCAGAGUAUGCCAUGACAGGGCAGAUAACUCAGAAAAGUGAUGUUUAUAGUUUUGGAGUUGUUCUCCUGGAGCUCUUGACAGGUAGAAAGCCAGUAGACCAUACCAUGCCCAAAGGUCAACAGAGUCUUGUUACUUGGGCAACACCAAGAUUGAGCGAGGACAAAGUGAAGCAAUGUGUAGAUCCCAAGCUAAACAAUGACUACCCACCAAAGGCCGUUGCUAAGUUGGCAGCAGUUGCAGCACUUUGUGUUCAGUACGAGGCAGAUUUCAGGCCAAACAUGACAAUCGUUGUGAAGGCUCUCCAGCCACUUCUUAACUCAAAACCGGCCGGCCCAGACUCUCGUGCCUAGAAUAUUUACCUCAG